GAUAAAUCAGUUCACUUCUAAACUAACAUUUCUUCUAAUAUAUAAAAAAAAUAAUUUUGUUGUAAAAUGUUUUUGAAAAGCGCCAUUUUGGUCGCCUUAAGUGGUGCGGUGCUCGGGGGUAUUUUCCCGGAAUAUCGACAGCAGCAGGCGGUUUUAGCCUUGUCCAGAUCCAGUCCCGACGGCUCGUACGAAUACAGUUUCCAGUCUCCUGAUGGGACUUACCAGGAACAUCACGGAGGGUUAAAGAAUUUAUCACCUUAUCCCGGUAACACUGCCAGUGGUUCCUAUUCCUGGAUAGAUCCCGAGGGAUACCAGCACGAAGUCCAUUAUGUAGCCGACGAAAACGGUUUUCAGCCCCAAAGUGCCGAUUUACCAACUCCUCCACCUAUUCCCGAGGCCAUUUUAAGGUCCUUGCAGUACAUCGCAGCCCAUCCUCCACAGACCCGAAGCACCUUUGCAGGCUAAUUUGUAUGAAUUUGAUGAAUAUAUUAUACACGAAAAAAUACACUGAACAAAUAAAUUAUUAAUAUUUU